AUGAGUAAAUAACGAUCUAGGGAAAGGAUUUAGUAAAACAAUUAGGAAUCAAAAUCUAAUGAGCGAAUCAAUUCAUUAAAGAAAGAAUUUUCUUAGAUUUAGCAAAAUCGUUAGUUUAAUGUGUAGCUUGCCGCUUUAUCUAAUAUUAUGAAGUAGGUAGAUCAUGCAUAUUGGGAUAAGUGCUUUUCAAAAAAAUAAAUGAAGGAAUGGGAACAAAUAAAAUCCAAAUCUUCUAGAAGCACUUCUCCAUAGACAGCAAGUAUAAGUUUAAUUAAAUCAAAGCGAUCUGAGAAGAGUAAAGAGCCAAUUAAAAGUAAUAAAGUAGUUUAGUAAAGAUAAAGAUCUUUUUCUCUUAUUAAGCCCUAAUCAUAAGGUUAGCAUUAUCUUAUAUCAAAAGAGUCUAAAACUCUUACUGAUAUUUAGCCUAUUAGAAGGUCAUUUUAAGAAAUUCCAAAUUCGUAAACAUUAAAAAAAAUACCUGCGAAGAGUGAUGAAGAAAAUAUAGAUGAAAUGGACGUUGAGCAAGAAAAUUAUGCUUCAAUAUCUUAAAAAAUAAUUCCAGAAUUUAAAAUAGGAUAAAUUACAAUGAAAAGGUCAAGGAAGAGAUCAUAUGAUGAAAGCGAAAAUGAAAAGAGCAGUUAAUAAAAUUCUGAUUAUUUUUCUUACUAAAGAGACCUGCUGCUAUCUAAUAAGAUAAACUCUUAGCAAAGAUCUAUGCAAGACAUUUAAAAUGAAUCUAUGAAAACAUCUCUUUACAUAACACAGAACUCUUUUAAAUGGAGCUAGAAGCUUUAAUAAUUUACUUCAACUUUGAGAAAGGGAGCACUUUAAAAUUUUUAUCAAAAUUCUAAAAACAAAAUUCAACAAGAUAGCAAUAAUUAAAUUCAAAAUAAUACUAACAGCAAAGCACAAAAUUACACCAAAUCAACAAGCUUGGAAAUAAACAUAGAAUAGCAAAAUAUUUCUUAAAAUUUAUAGCUGCUACAAUCAGCUGAAACCUUCAGUGACUUGAGUAAUAUCUACUCUGUAUAAUAAAAAAGCAUAAUAGAUAGUAAUAGCAGUGAUUAAAAUUUUUAGUAUUAUUGCAAGUUAGAUUCAGGGAGUUUUGGUUAGGUAGACUUAUACCUACUAGAAUUUGAAAAUAAAAUCCCGUCUAAAUAAGAAAUUCAGAAGAAUGAAAAGUAAAAUGGAGGUUCUCAUAGGAACAUAGAACAAAAAGAUGCAUAUUAUAAGAAAUCUUCUACUUAUUUUUAGUCAACAGAAAACGAAAUUGGAGAUUUUGAAAGACAAGUGAAGUAAUUAGAAUUAAAUUAGAAUACAAUUUAACUAAAAUAAUAAAGAUCGCACGAAUCAACAAAGGAAGACUCAAAUGGAAAUAGAUUGCAAAAUUCAAAGCUAGUUGAUACUUCAAUUAAUAGUGAUAUUUAAAAUACUCCAAUAAUGAAUAAAAUAAGAGCGAAAGCUAAACAACUUUCAAUAAAUAAAUAAUAUAAUUAUUAAUAAGAAUAACUAAUUUUACCUGUUGCUGGAAAAAUGAUAAAGAAUUUUAAUGAGUUUGUACGUGAACUGUAUAUAAUGCAAACUGUUUAAUUUGAUAUGAUGCCUAAAUUAAUUGGCUAAGACAUAGAUCAAAGAAUACUGUACAUAGAACUAGGAUUAUGCAGUUUAUAUGAUCUCAAAUAGGAUUCAUUAAAAAGAGGGUACAAGCUUGAUGAUCACUUCACAUUUUCCAUUUUAGUUAAUAUAAUUUAAGCUAUAGAAUCCAUGCUUUCAAACUACAAUGAUAGUAAAUAGAAAUCACAGCCACUCUUUCACAGCGACAUAAAACCUUAAAACAUAGUUUUAACUAUAAAAAAAAAUAAGUAAACAAACUAAUCAGAAAUUAAAUUAAUGCUGAUUGAUUUUGGUGGAGCAUCCUUUGAAUUGGAAGACUACUGGUCUUAUUACACUCCAGCUUUUGUUAGUCCAUACUUAUGGGAGAGAUUAGUAAAUUCCAAGUUCAAAUAAGACUUCCUAACUUGGCCAGAAGUUAGAUAUGCAGAAGUUUAUGCAGCGUGCAGGACUGUCUAAUAUCUUAUGUUAGAGGAAAGACAUAAAGAUUUAUUUAAAAAAGAAAAUUGCUAAAUAUUUAUCAGAUAGUAUGAAGUAAGCUAUCCAAAAACUUGCAAAAUACUUGAAAAAGUUUACUAAAGCAUUUAAGACUACAAAAUAUUCAGCGACUAUAAAAAUGUAUUUAAUAACUAAGAUUUUUAUUCUAUUAACUAAAGAAUAGAUUUUAACCAAGAAAAAAUAUUUGAAAUUUCAAAAUUUUACUAAGUAAUUUAAAAUAUUUGA